CCAUUCAUCUCGGCGCAUACAAAUGUCAUCCAAUGAUCACAAAGUGCGACUCCCAAGGGCCAAGCCAAAACCAACCAAACAUGGCGGACCAUCCUCCCAGCAACAACUUCUGGGGAGACACUCCUGAGCAAGAGUACUAUGCCUCCAAGGGCAUCCAGUCCUCCAAAUCCUUCUACACCUCCCCAAGAGGCCUCUCCCUCUUCAUCAGAUCCUGGCAACCCCUCGAUUCCCGUCCACGGGGCAUCGUCUGCAUGGUCCAUGGCUACGGCAAUGACAUCAGUUGGACCUUCCAAGCCACCCCCAUCUUCCUGGCUCAGAUGGGUUUUGCUUCCUUUGCUCUUGAUCUUGAAGGCCAUGGCAGAUCAGAGGGGCUCAGGGCAUAUGUACCCAGUGUUGAUCAUGUAGUUGAUGAUUGCUUCUCUUUCUUCCAGUCAAUAAGAGAAAGGGAAGAAUUUAGAGGGCUGCCUUCUUUUCUUUAUGGGGAGUCCAUGGGAGGUGCUAUCUGUCUUUUGAUCCAUUUCAGAGACCCCCAAUCAUGGAAAGGAGCAGUUUUGGUGGCGCCCAUGUGCAGAAUCUCAGAUAAGGUGAGACCCAGAUGGCCAAUUCCGCAGAUUCUUACUUUUGUAGCAGGGUUUGCGCCUACCUUGCCCAUCGUCCCCACUGCUGACCUGAUGGAGAAGUCUGUGAAGGUGCCGGAGAAGAAGAUUAUAGCAGGAAGGAACCCCAUGAGAUACAGUGGGAAGCCCAGGCUGGGAACCGUGGUGGAACUGCUCAGAGUUACUGAUUAUCUUAACAGUAGACUCUGUGAAGUGAGCCUCCCAUUUAUUGUGUUGCAUGGUAGUGCAGACGUUGUGACAGACCCAAAAGUUAGCAGCGAUCUGUAUGAAGCAGCAAAGAGUGAGGACAAGAGCAUAAGGACUUAUGAUGGGAUGAUGCAUUCUCUUUUGUUUGGAGAGACUGAUGAGAAUGUCAAUUUGGUUAGGAAUGACAUCGUCUCUUGGUUGAGUCAGAGGUGUGAAAAAUGAGUAGGAGGAGGAUUGUGUUAUAUUCAUAUAAACAAUUAUGUGCCUGAGAAUGGUGUAUAAUCUUUAGUUAAGAAUUGGUCGGUUUAUUUAUAUUUUAAACAUGGGCCUCAUUUUAUUAUCAGCUAUUGGUAUUUUUGCUUGGAGCCUCUAUUAAAUAAUUAUUAUCUUGUUUUUUA